AUGCAAUGGGUCAUGGUUCGCACCUUUUCUCUCCCAGUGGGCAGUUCCAUGAUCAAGUUCAGCAGUAAGAAGCCGUUGCUCACAGAAAAGUACCCGCUCUAUGGCUUUUCGACUUCGUGCCUGAUGAAGCCAAUGGGAAACGUAGUGACUGCUGAACGCCAGAAUUAUAGUGAGGAAAAGUACUUUUGGGCCUUCUUCAACGCAGGCGUUGCUGCGGGGCUCAGUAUCUCACGCGAAGCUCAGGGCAUCGACACUUCUUGGAUCAUGUACAACAAGCCCUCCGAGCUUACGAAUAAGCACGCUGGUCUGCUGCUGGGUCUAGGCCUGAACGGUCACUUGCGGACCAUCGCGAAGUGGCUGUCCUUCAAAUAUCUCACACCCAAGCAUACCAUGACCUCAGUCGGACUACUUUUAGGCCUGGCAGCAUCGUUCAUGGGCACAAUGGACACGCUUGUCACACGCUUGUUGUCAGUUCACGUUACCAGAAUGUUGCCACCUGGGGCAGCGGAGCUCAAUCUAUCACCAUAUACACAGACGACGGGUCUGAUGGGCAUAGGUCUGCUGUACUACAACACCCAACAUCGUCGCAUGAGUGAAGUCAUGCUAUCUGAGAUCGAGCACGUCGACACCCCAGAUCCAUCAGAGCCCCCAGAUUCACUUCGCGACGAGGCAUACAGGCUCGCUGCUGGCUUCGCCUUAGGCUUCAUCAACCUGGGCAAAGGCAAGGACCUUCGAGGUUUGCAUGAUAUGAGAAUUGUAGAGCGCCUUAUGACAGUAGCGGUUGCUCCCAAGAAAGUCGACAUCGUCCAUGUGCUCGACCAAGCAACUGCCGGAGCGGUGAUUGCUAUUGCUCUCGUCUUCAUGAAGACGCACGACAAGAUGGUAGCCAACAAGAUCGAUAUCCCCGAUACUCUGCCUCAAUUCGACUACGUGCGGCCAGAUAUCUUCCUACUGCGCACUCUCGCAAAGCACCUGAUCAUGUGGGACAAGAUCGAUGCAAACGAUGACUGGAUCAAAGCCAACCUACCCGUCGAAUAUCGCGCAGACUUUGAUCUCAAACACAUUUCCAAGCUACGCACCGAACAAAUGCCCUUCUUCAACAUCCUCGCCGGCCUCUUGUGGAGUGUCUCACUCAAACACGCCGGCACUGGCGAUACCCAGGUCCGCGACUUCUUGCUCAAAUACCUGGACCAAUUCCUCCGCAUCGCCAAACUCCCCGCCCUGCGCUUCGACGCCAAACUCGCGCGCCACACUGUCCGUAACUGUCAAGACCUGCUCGCUCUCUCCGCUGCCACAAUCAUGGCAGGCACAGGCGAUCUCGACGUCUUCCGCCGCCUGCGCGGUCUCCACGGCCGCAUCGGCCCAGAAGUGCCCUAUGGCUCCCACCUCGCUGCGCACAUGGCAUUCGGCACCCUCUUCAUCGCUGGCGGAACCCAGACAUUCAGCCGCUCCAACAAAGCCAUUGCCUCGCUCAUCUGCGCUUUCUACCCGCUCUUCCCAAUGGACGUGCAGGACUCAAAAGCCCACCUCCAGGCAUUCCGCCACUUUUGGGUCCUCGCCGCCGAGCCGCGAUGUCUCGUCGUGCGCGACGUGGAUACGGGGCGCGCGAUUAAUAUGCCGAUUACCGUACAUCUCAAAGACGACAACGCCACGCGGAAUGUCGUGGCCCCUUGCUUACUGCCUGAAAUCGACCUGAUCGACCGCCUCGAGACGACGGAUGUUAACUACUGGCCCACCGUGCUCGAUUUUGAAGGGAAUAAGCUUCAUAGAGCGGCUUUCACGCGCCAUCAGACAUUGCAUCGCGACGUUGUCUGCGCUCGCGCCGUCCAGCCAGUCUACAUUGCCGUUUAA